AUGUUUACCUUCAACGGAAAGCUCAACUGGUUCAAAUAUGCAGUCAAUGAGACUAUUACCGUUGUCUUUCCAGCCGGGUUCGCCGUGAACGACCCAGUCUGUGCCUUUUGGCAAUGGACCGAGGACGCUGCAGGCAACAAGAAAGCAAACACGACCCAGUUGGGUUUUAUCAAUAGCGUGACGACGAAGACCGGCGAAUACCAGGUCUCCUUUGCCUUCGACUACUACAGCUUCGAAGCCACCGUUGCAGGCGACUCCAGCACGAUCACAGCGACGAUGUUCAAUCCAAAGGGUGAUCGUUCCGAGGCCACGACGUUGAACAGACAGUUCGGCAACCUGGUGCAAUUCCGCUCUACGACCGUGUUCACGGGGAAGCUCAACUGGCUCAAAUACGCGGAAAACGAGAUGUUGACUCUCGUCGUCCCUCGUGGCGUGUCCAAUGGUGCCCCUGUUGGCUUGUAUCAUCAGUGGACUGUCGAUGCCAAGGGAGUCAAAAAGGCGAAUCAUGCUGUAAAUGCCACCUUCCGUGAUGUCACAACCGAUAAGGGGGAAACCAAGGCGACAUUUGAUGAUGGAUACUACACGUAUAACACCACUGUGCAGAGCGGGGGGCAGGAGGUCAAGAUACUUAUGUCCAACCCGAACCACGAUCAAAGCGACAAUGAUUUGAAAAAGGUCUAUGGUUACUAA